AUGGGUAUCCAAUCAGAAUUAGUCAGUUUCUUGACUGUGGGAUGCCAGGACUGCGUCACCGUGAAACUCAAUGUCGAAUGUGACGUUUCCUGCCUCCUGAGCAUUGGCUACCAGGGCCCUCAUCUGAACCUUCUCCGAGAGUUAGAAGGGGGCGGCAGAAUUUGCCUGACUGCCAUCGGCCGCUGCGCCCCAGGCUGUGUUAUUGACUUCAGAUAUUUCUUUAUCUUACUCUGGAGCUUGUGUGGAGGCACGGUUGGUGCUAUUUUCACUUGUCCACUAGAAGUCAUUAAGACGAGGUUGCAGUCUUCAAGAUUAGCUCUUCGGACAGUCUAUUAUCCUCAGGUUCAUCUGGGGACCAUCAGCGGAGCUGGGAUGGUGAGACCAACGUCAGUGGCGCCUGGACUCUUACAGGUUCUGAAGUCGAUCUUGGAGAAGGAGGGACCAAAGUCACUUUUUAGAGGCUUGGGUCCAAAUUUGGUUGGAGUUGCACCAUCAAGGGCUGUGUACUUUGCAUGCUACUCCAAAGCCAAAGAGCAGUUCAAUGGCAUUUUCGUGCCUAAUAGCAAUACUGUGCACAUUUUCUCAGCUGGCUCUGCAGGUAUGUUACCGUAGUGAGUGGAGAUGAGUCGCUCACUUUGCUAAAGCAUGUGUUGUACCAAACAGCUUUCUCCAGGAAUUAGAAAUUAGGUCUCUGCUUCUUUUGCAUCUAAAAUCAUUUUCCUAAAGCUUUAUGUUAGAAGUGAUCAAACAUGAGUGUUUGAGAGCGAUUUGUAACUUGCUUCCGUUUUCUUUUACCCCUGAAGCUUUUUAUUCUCCCUCAAAAUUGACAUGUUCUCAUGCAUGCUACUGGUUAGUGUGAUGUAUCUUUUAAAGGAGUAUUAAUGUGUUUUCAUGCCUUUUUAUUACAUUAUUUUCUAGUUCGAGCUGCUUUUUUUUAUUACGUUAUUUUCUAGUUCGAGCUAAUUCGAGCUGCUUUUUCUGUGGCUCCCGACGGUGACUAGCCUACCCUGAGUACAGUUGGCACUCCUGUCCUUAACAGUUGGAGUGUAUGGUGAGGGCUCAGGGCUUGUAGCGGGAUUCUUGCGGCAGGAUCAGUGAUGGAUUAGGCAGCAGCUUCUGUUCUUUUCUGAGGGAAUCAUUCCCCUACCAUGGAAAAUUCACAAAAGGAUUUUUCCCCAGGAAAUACUUGGCAAAAACAUGGACAUGUAGAUGGCUGAGAGAAGGCUAUGUCUUUUUCGAUGUAAAUUUUAUGUCUAUUUAAAUAGAAGGGUGUUUUAGAGAAUUAAGUUGGCAUUUUAUGAAAACUUUCUACCCUCCAAGUUGUACGUUAUCAGUUUUGUCCCUGUUACUCCAAAUAAAAGUACUAGUAAUCCAUUUGAAUAGUUACGGAUAAUGAUUUCUGGACCCCAAAUGAGAAAUGACAUUAGCAGAGCUGCUUCACAACAAGAAAGGUGUUUUACAGAAUAUGGAGCUCUGAGAGGAGUGCGUGGGGUUCAGAGGAGGUCAGGCUUCACUGCCGAGGCCAAUAGGCAGUUAGCCAUACAUGAAAAGCUAUGCCCCAGUUUUGUAACUUUUGCAAAAUUAACAUAGAGGAACCUUGGUAAAUAAAACAGACCUGGAGGGAGAUUUCUUUUUUUUUAAUGAAGACUUUAAUUUGCUGUUUUAAGGAGCUAAUGUUGCUGUUAUUGUUUUUUGUUUUGUUUUUUUUCCUCCCUGGUAACAUUCAGUUUUUUGGGGUUUUUUUGCAAUUCUAGUAUAGUUGAUGUACAAAGUUUUGUUAGUUUCAGGUGUACAGCAGAGUGAUUCAGUUUCUUAUGUAU